UAUGUUAACAACCACACGCCUUCUAAAUUCCACCAUUGGAACCACCCUAAAACGGAUUUACGCGACUAAAUUGUACUUUUGUUAAAAUGAGGGACAACGUAGUACCCCGAAUCGUUGUAAUUCUCGUGUGUGCGGCUUUUUAUGUGGCAACUUUGAUUGUUAACGGCUUAGCAGGGGCGGGUAAAGGUUCCUUCCAUUCCUCGAUAAGUAAUGUGUCAGCCCGUUACGAGACCGACAUCACCCCCGCUGGCUGGACCUUCUCCAUUUGGAGUGUUAUUUAUAUCUGGCUCACCCUCAUGGUCAUUUAUAUCACUUUAUUUGUGUUCAGAGGAUCUUGGGCUCAGUGUCUGCUGCCGUACGCCUUCUACUUUUUCUGGCUGCUCAACAUUGUGCUGAAUAUGAUAUGGCUGCUGUUGUGGGACAGAGAAUUGAUGCUGUCAGGUCUGGUUGUAUUGAUCCUGAUCGUGAUUUCCAGCUACGGUGCCUUGAGUAUCUGUUGCUAUGCAACAGAUUACUACGGACUCUGGCUACAUACCUACUACCCCAAAGACCUCAUCUGUGUCACAAUUUUGGUCCAGAACGGUUUGGCUCUCUACACGACAUGGACGUCGAUCGCUUCUUUGAUCAACUUCGCUGUAGUCCUUCAAUUGUGGGGCGUGGUCAAAAGCACGGCUGCGACCGUGUCACUUUGCCUCCUGUUUGCUGAGCUGGUGGGAUGGUUUAUUCUUGAAAACUGGGCACUGGAUCGCUGGGUGCGCAACAUUCUGACGGUGUACCCUGUUGUGAUCGUGGCGCUGGUCGGGAACGUGUUCAAGCAUUUUCACUCAGCGGACCCCAGCCCGAAUGCCAUAUUUAUGGUUUGUCUCCUGGUGUUGGCAUGUAUCCUGCUGGUGUUCCGAGUCUGUAACGUCAUCUGGAGAAACAGAUGGAGACCCCUCUUCUCCCCGGGGUCGGCACGCCCGCUAAUCUCACCACUUGAUGGAGGCAAAUUUAAGCUCUUAUCCUAAAUGGGUGGAAACUUCUUUUGGACCACUAUACAUAAAAAAAACACUUUAAGUGGGCCAUUAAACAGUGCCAUAAGUUCCAGUAAAGUAUUUUAUACUUUGUAUUUUUUAUGAAGGAGAACAACAUGAUUGUAUUGCCACUAAGUUACUUAGCUUUAGCUAGCUACAGUGGUAUGGAAAAGUAUCUGAACCUUUUGGAAUUUCUCACAUUUCUGCAUAAAAUCACCAUCAAAUGUGAUCUGAUCUUUGUCAAAAUCACACCGAUUUAAAAGCAGUGUCUCCUUCAACUAAAACCACCCAAACAUUUAUAGGAUUUCAUAUUAUAAUGAGGAUAGCAUGCAAACAAUGACAGAGGGGGGGGAUACAGUAAGUAAGUGAACUCUCUGCCUAAGGAGACUUAAAGAGCAAUUGAAACCAAUUUUUACCAAACAGUUUAAGUCAGCUAUGUGCCCAAUCACUGAUGAGAAGUUUAAAGCAGCCCUGCCCACUAUAAAACACACACCUGGUAAGAAUUGUCUUGAUGAGAAGCCUUGUCUGAUGUGCAUCAUGGUUCGGUCAAAGGAGCUGUCUGAAGACCUGCAAUCAAAGAUUGUUGAUUUGUAUAAAGCUGGGAAAGGAUACAAAACCAUCUCUAAAAGUCUGGGUGUUCAUCAAUCGACAGUCAGAGAAGUUGUCUACAAAUGGAGAGUCUUUGGCACUGUUGCUUCUCUCUCAAGGAGUGGCCGUCCACCAAAGAUGGUGCCAAGAGUUCAGCGCAGAAUACUCAGAGAGGUAAAAAAGAACCCUAGAGUGUCAGCUAAAGACUUACAGAAAUCACUGGCACAUUCCAAUAUCUCUGCACACAUCAAACAUAUGUCAAACUAUGGGGAAGAAUGGUGUUCAUGGGAGGACUCCACGGAGGAAGCCACUGCGGUCUAAAAAAAAAAAAACCAUUGUUGCUCGUUUCAUGUUUGCAAAAACGCACUUGGAAACUCCACAGAGGUUUUGGCAAAAUAUUUUGUGGACUGAUGAAACCAAAGUUUAAUUGUUUGGGAGUAACACACGUCAAAUGUGGAGGAAAAAUGGAACAGCUCACCAACAUCAACACCUCAUCCCCACCGUGAAGCAUGAUGGAGGGAGCAUCAUGUUUUGGGGCUGUUUUGCUGCGUGAGGGCCUGGACUUGCAAUCAUUAUGAAUUCAAAAGUUGAUCAGGAUGUUUUGCUGGAAAACCUGAGUCCGUCUAUCAAACAGUUGAAGCUAAAAAGAGGAUGGAUGCUGCAACAAGACAAUGAUCAAAUUUAAAGAAGUAAAUCAAAUUCAGAAUGGUUUCAGAAGAACAAAAUGCACAUUCUGUAGUUGCCAAGUCAUAGUCCAGACUUGAACCCCAUUGAGAUACUAUGGCAUGACCUAAAGACAGUGAUUCAUGCCCAGGAAGCUGACUGAACUACAGCAGUUUUGUAGAGAAGAAUGGGCCAAGAUUAGUCAUGAUUGAUGUGCCAGACUUAUUAGCAGCUACAGGAAGCGUCUGGUUGAAGUUAUUGCUGCCAAAGGAAGGGCCACAAAAUAUUAAAUGUGAUGGUUCACUUACUUAUUUUCCCCCCUUCUGUAUUUGUUUGCAUACUAUCCUCAUUAAGAUAUGAAAACCUAUAAAUGUUUGGGUGGUUUUAGUUAAAGCAGACACUGUUUCUUUAUCUGUGUGAUUUUGACAAAGAUCAGAUCACAUUUAAUUGUGAUUUUAUGCAGAAAUAUGAGAAAUUCAGAUACUUUUUCAUCCCACUGUAUCACACUGACGUCAUUGGCUGCCAGAGACGCUGCUAGACAUCCUAUCCGUUUGAAAUGGGAGGGAUGGCGGCAAUUAAACGAAUGUUCAUUCGCCGCCACUUUCCCAGUUCAAACGGAUUGAGCGGCUACUCGCGAUUGGACGUCUAGCAUCCUCAGAAUACAUCAUGCUCAUUAUUUUUGCACCAUUUUUUUGCUCUGUUCAUGUAUUUUUAAGCACUAUUUCGUAUUUUGUAUAUUAUUAUUACAAGCUACAGUUACUAACAAUACACUAUCAUGUUUUUGCAAUACUUUAGCAUUAGCAUUCUCAUUUUUGUAUGUUCAUAUUAUUCCGGAACCUGUUACAGCAUCAUGUAUAAUGAACACUGUUUUAAUAUUUCCAUGUGUUUUUUCAAAUAUGUCCAAACACGCUUUUGUUUAUACUAAGCAUUACGGUAGCACACAGCCAAAACUGUGUGUGCCUUCAAAAUAAAAUAUUCAACAAAUACAAACACUG